UUAUGCUAACUGAAUGAAGUGUCAAUGUCAAUGUACAGUUGUCAUUUUAACCUCUGUAUCCAGGCAACCAAGAUUACAACAUAUUAUUCUCAAUAAUUUUAAAGUGAGAGUACCUACUAAAACCUUAUUUUGAAAAUGAUAUCUAAUGGACAUUAUAAUUUUCCUGUUAAAUCCGCAGACACAUCUGAACGAAAAUGCCCAGAUGAGGAAUUUUAUUCUUUGGAUAAGUUCAACUGGUUAAUUCACUUACAACAUGUAACAGGAGGCAUUCAGGCUUGUAAAUCUUUAAUUAUUAAGGAAAUUGAAAGAAGCAAAGGAAAAAAUGAAUUUGCUUUGUACAAACAGGGAGAGAUUUAUCGAGAGGAAGAAAAGUUUCAAGAAGCUUUAGAAUCGUUCCAAACGUGUUUACGAUUAAAUCCCGAGAAUCCGGAAUAUCUAAAAGAAGUUGCGAAAUGUCUGUUCGAAAUGAAAAGAUAUAAAUUAGCUAUGGAAGCUUAUUUAGAAGCUGAAAGGCUGUCAACCAAUGCAGACUGUCAAAUAUACUAUUAUUUAGGACAAUGCUUACUUAAAUUAGGAGAUAUCAACAAAGCUCAAGAAUAUGCCCAGAAAGCUGUAGAAGCCGGAAGCCAUGAAUUCUGUUUUGAGCUUUUAAUAAAAAUAUUAAUGUUACAAAAGGAAGUUAAAGCUGCAGUAGCUGUAUCAAAUGCGGCCGUAGAAUCUUGUCCAGAUAGUGUGAACAUGUUAACCGAAUCGGGGCUUUUAUUUCUAAAAAUAGGACAAAGUGAAUACGCCUUUGAGAGAUUAAGCUCAGCGCUUGCAUUAGAACCGGCCCAUACAAAAGCUUUGCUGGCUAUUGGAUGUAUUAUACAGAAACACGAAGACUACGACGUGGCUCUGUCAAAAUAUAAAAUGGCGAUCCAUUAUCAACCCGAUUCGACGGCAUUGUGGAAUAAUAUUGGCGUUUGUUUUUACGCCAAACAAAAGUAUGUCGCGGCGAUAAGUUGUCUGAAGCGAGCUCUUUGGCUAGAACCGCUCAAUUGGAAAGCUUUAUUUAACCUCGGACUUUGUCACUUAGCAACUAUGCAACCAGCUUCAGCUUUUAAUUAUACGUGUGCAGCUGUAAAUCUCCGGCCCGAAAUAAGCGACUCUUUUGCUGUUCUUGGAGUUUCUCUUUUGGAACUACGAGAUCCAGAUAACGCGUUAAAAGCUUUUAGAUUGGCCUUAAGCUUAUCCCCAGACGAUGUGUAUGUUGUUGUUAACAUGGCUCUUAGCUGUUUGUUUGUCGGAUCAUUUGAGGAAGCCAUUGGAUUAAUGGAGCGUUAUACUAGAUUGAUCGAAAAUAAUGUUGUUUGUGCUCAAGAGAUCAAUAAUUUUUGCAAUACAAAGCAAUACUCAAACCUAUUUGGUACUACGGACUACACCUCUGAGGCUGUGCAAAGUCAACAUCACUGAAUAUCAUCCAAAGAUUUCAGUCUAAGGUUCUAAGAUCAAUAGUGGAUGCACCAUGGUAUGUAACUAAUCAAACAAUUCACGAAGACUUAAAUAUACCUUUCAUCAGAGAAGAAAUCCAUCGAGCCUCGGAAUCACAAAGCGAGCGUACCAUUCACCAUGACAAUGAGUUAGUAAGGGAAUUAUUCCAUAAUGGUCCUGUCACAAGGAGACUAGAUAGACCCUGGCCUCAGGACCUAUUUUAAAACUUUAACAUAAAUAGAAUAAGAUGAGACAUCAUUGGAAGUCUCUUCUUC